AUGGCAGACAGAUUACCGCCGCCCAUGCCAGGGCACCUGCCCUCGUCAUUCGACGACAAUGACGAAUUCUACAAUGAACGACCUCUGCACAAAGUCGUCCGCAAGCUCAAAGAAGAGCCCCUCGUACCCCUCGGCAUCGGUCUCACAGUCUUCGCCUUCGUGAACGCCUACCGAGCCCUCCGCCGCGGCGACUCCCGCCAAGCCAACAAGAUGUUCCGCGCGCGAGUCGCCGCCCAGGGCUUCACCGUGAUUGCCAUGGUCGCAGGAAGCAUGUACUACAGCCAGGACCGGCAAAAGACCAAGGAGUUGCGGAAGUUGAAGGAGGAGCGGGACGCGGAGGAGAAGCGGCAGAAGUGGAUUCGGGAGCUGGAGGCGCGAGAUGAGGAGGACAAGAUGAUGAGGGCGAGCUUGGAGAAGAGGAGGCAGAAGGUGGAGGCGGAGACGGCGAAGAGCGAGGAGAAGGGCACGGGGGGCAUUUUGGGCAAGAUGGGCUUGUGGUCGAAGGGGGAGGAGGCUGCUAAGGAGGCUGCCAAGGAAGCGGAUAAGGAGAAGAAGAAGGAGAAUCCGAAGAGUUCGCUGGGUGCGAUUGGCGAGGUUCUGGUGAAGCAGAAGGAGGAUGAGGGCAAAAAAUAA